GUAGCUUCUGGGAAACCACCAGCAGGGAAUGCACACUUAGACUCAGCUCCUGUAUCUGGUUUCACUGUGAGCCUGCACAUGUUCAAACCUUCUUUGUUAAGAGAAAGUUGGUUCUGAAUGUAGCGACGUUAGCCGGAUGGACAGAGCAGGAAGAGAAGUUGCAAACACAAGUGUAUUUCUGUCAUUUUAAGGCAAAUUUGUGGGUCCCUUCCAAGUGUGAAUCACACAGGUUGUCUGUCUCCGAUUGAAUGCAGGACGGGGUUUCUUACUAGGGCACUGAACCCUCCAUUAUAGUGGGUUUGUAGGUGUAGAGUUGACAUUCACAGUUGCUACAGAGCUGCAAUCACUAGGGUUAAUCAAAAACAACCUAACACAAUGCCUGGUACUGCUUUCCCACCGCUGCUGCUCCUCUCGCUGCUUUUGUCUCUGUCUGGGACGACCAACGGCUGCCUGCCGGACUCUGCUUCAGCCUACAGGUUUACUGGAACUGUGUGCAGGCUUACCUACCCAGCUGCUGUUGUGUUAAAUGAGAAAACAACUAAAGUGAUUGAAGCAGCUUUUCAACAUGCCCGAUACCCAAGUAUGCAGGGAGCGAAAUCCCUGCUCUACAUCGGUGAAGUCUCAUAUGGCCUGGACAAUUUGGAGAUUCACAACCUGUCGAUUGGUCAGAGCUCAUUUGAGCUGCUUCCAGGAAAAGGCAUUGGUCUGGAUAUUAGCAAUGUGUCUGCAGUGUUCAAAGGGACCAUCAAGUAUGGAUACGGCAGCUGGCUUGUCAACUUUGCACAGAGUGUUGACUUUGAGAUUGAUUCUCAGAUUGAUCUAGGAAUCAACCCAAAACUCUACUGUGGUGAAGGAAAAGUAGCGGCAGACACAUCAGAUUGUUAUCUGAAUUUCCACAAGCUUCGUCUUCACCUGCAAGGAGACAAACAGCCAAACUGGCUGAAGAAGCUCUUCACUGACUUUAUCACCUUCACUGUCAAGCUGGUCAUCAAAGGGCAGAUUUGUAAAGAGAUCAAUAAGCUGGCGGAUAUACUGGCUGACUUCAUUCAAGACACAGCAGCACAUUUCCUCAGUGAUGGAGGAAUAAGUGUAGAUAUUGGUGUAACUGCUGCUCCCGUCAUCACUGCUAACUACAUAGAAUCAUAUCACAAGGGGCUGACCAACUACAAAAACACAUCUUCUGUGAUCAGUAGUUCAGUUUUCCAUCCAAGCCACCUGACGGAAAACAGGAUGCUUUACUUUUGGUUCUCAGAUGAGGUCUUUAAGCCCCUGAUUGCUGCUGCUCACCAAGAUGGCCGCUUCCAACUCAACAUCUCAUCCAAGGAGCUCACUGAACUUUUCAGAACAGAUCUCUCCAGCGUCAUGCCUGAAUAUAUCAAAAAGUGUCUGAUGGGAUCAGCCUCUCCGGAGCUAAGAGUAUGGAGUUCUGACACUCCCUUUGUUAACACCUCCACCAUGGGUACGACAGUCUGGGCACAGGUCUCCGGAGAACUCUACUGUGGCAUGCCAACACUCUUCUUUGAAGUGGUCGUAGCUGUAGAUGUCACAGCUUCCUAUGCAGACAAGAAACUCUUCCUGCACAGUAAACGGAACCAGAUCACAGUACUCCGUGCUGAGCUGCCCUCAGGCAAUAAACUGGUGCAUGACGAGGCAGAGCGAGAGUUUUUAAGAGAAGCUGUGGAGAAAAUAGGCGUUCCCAAAGUCCUGUCUGUUCUUGGAGUCGAGAUAACCAGGCUACUGGACAAACAAGGUGCAAACUUAUUUGACAUCAUCAACCCUGAAGUGCUUCAUCGGGAUGGCUUUGUGUUGACUCAGAUGGAUUUUGGUUUCCCUCAUCACCUCUUGGUUGAUUUCCUCAAGAGGACACUGCAGUAACCAGGCAGCUGCUUUGCUUGUUUGGCAAGACUGAGAGGUUUAAUGUUAGCAGACUGUUGGUGUCUGUUUUCAUUUACAUUUUACACAGUGCACAAUCAAAUGUAAAUAGGAAAUUCUGUGAACAGUCAUGCCAGUGAGUAGAAGUCCUCU